AUGUGGAACGUUGAGAUAUUAAUCAUAGCUUUAGUGGUUGUGAGGAUCAGCCAGUGGUUGUACCGAUGGUCGAACCCAAACGUCAGGUGCAAUGGCAAGUUACCGCCAGGUUCAAUGGGUUUUCCGAUCAUUGGAGAGACAAUUGAAUUCUUUAAGCCUUCUGGAUUGCUCGAGAUCCCAUCCUUUUUUCAGAAUAGGAUGCAAAGGUAUGGGUCGUUGUUUCGGACCAAUAUCAUGGGUUCAAAAACUGUGAUUUCUACGGACUCAGAUGUUAUCUUCGAGAUAUUCCGGCAAGAGAACGAGUCUUUUGAACUUAGCUAUCCUGAUGUUUUUGUCAGAGUUCUUGGAAAAGAUAAUUUGUUUUUCAAGACCGGGAACAUCCACAAGCAUAUUAAAAAAAACCACUAUGCAGCUUAUUGGCUCUGA